AUGCAUAUCUCUUCAUUGAUUUCUGGCUCUGUCGCCCUCUCUGUUGGCGCUGCAGCUCGUAGCUCCCUCUAUGUCGAGAACGCCCCUGAUCAUGUCCGCCCUUAUGUCAUUGAGAGAUAUGCCAAUGCUCAGGCCGUCGCUGUCGGACAGCAAAUCUACAGAUUUCCCGUCACUGGUGCAUCAUCUGGUGGUGCGUUUUCCAUCCUGAUGACCAGCUCUCCCGCAUCAGACGCUCUUGGUGUCCUCCCUCAUAUCCAUCAAGAACACUACGAAAACUUCUUCUGCAGCAAAGGACGAUUCCAGCUCUGGACCAACAAGUAUGGCGAUGAAGAGGCUCGCGUCAUGCUUCCGGGCGAUUAUGGAGCUGUUCCCCGUAACACGACCCAUACCUUUCAAGUCCUAGACCCGGAUACCGAAAUGCUGGGUGUAAUCCAACCGGGAGGCUUCGAGGCCCUCUUCUUCGCCAUCGCAGAUUCCAACUACAGCUCCGCAACAUCCUCUCCUUACGUCCCCAGCUCAAGCUCGGGAGCCGCAGAUGCAGGAGCCGGCUCAUCAUCCUCUAUGAUCUCCGCCCUCGAAUCCUUUGACGUCUACGCUCAACUCGACUACUCACCUCGCCGUGACCUUGUCAAUGGCUCAGCACCCUCAAACGCAACAUGGCACACUGGCAAAAAUACCGUUCCAAGCAACUCAAACACGCCCUUCUACGUGGCCAAGAACCAAGGCCCCAUGUGGCUGAACAGCGAACAAGAAUACCAGAUCAUCGCACCUUUCAUUACACCCACCCAAGGCGCUCAGAAGUUCUCAGAGGGCACCAUAACAACCUCUCGUCGUCUCUCAAACACUACGAUCCCGUCUCGUCGCUUUACUGACCAUUUGGCGUUUGAGGUUCUGGAGGGAGCUCUGCAGGUCAAGCUUGCUAAUGAGACUGUUCAGUUGCUGCAAGGAGAUGUUGUGUUUGUACCUGGAAACACUACUUUUAGUUAUUGGUCCGAGGUGGCGUUUACAAAGUUCUUGUAUGUUUGUGCUGGAGACAAGGGGUUGGAUGUUGAGUUGAUGGACAAGGCUGUGGCUUGGGAGUAUCCUACUUGGCCUACGUAUGCUGUUUGA